AUGGUAUCGACAGCUCUGAACCCUCUUCCGCUGCGGCGUGAGCCUCCGCGCCCUCCUCCACCAGCUGUCGCAGAAGCGGAGCAGCAAUGGAUAUUCUCCGAAGAAGAGCUGCUGCAGGCACCCUCAAUAGUCGACGGCAUGUCUCCCGAAGAGGAGCGAACACUGCGGAAGAAGGGCGUCAACUUCAUCCUGCAAGUCGGCAUGAUGCUGAAGCUGCCGCAAACAACGCUAAGCACUGCCGCCGUCUUCUUCAACCGCUACCUCAUGCGCAACAGCCUGAAGAGCCGGCCGAGCUACAAGCCCCUCCACCACUACCAAGUCGCCGCCACCGCGCUGUUUCUCGCAACAAAGGUCGAAGAAAACUGCCGCAAGAUGAAAGAGCUCGUUGUCGCCUGCGUCCGCGUCGCGCUCAAGGACCCGAACAAGCUUGUUGAUGAGCAGACGAAGGAUUUCUGGAAGUGGAGAGAUACGAUUCUGUACAGCGAGGAUGUGCUGCUUGAAUCGCUGUGCUUUGAUCUCAGCGUCGAGCCGCCGUACAAGACUAUGUAUGACAUGCUCAAGUACUACGGCGUCGAGCAUAACAAGCGACUACGCAACGCGGCCUGGGCGUUCCUGUCGGACUCGUGCCUCACGCAACUCUGCCUGCUAUUCACGUCGCACACGAUUGCCGCUGCAUCGCUAUACGCCGGAGCCCGCAUGGUCGACAUCGAACUCCCAGACGAGGACGGAAAGCCCUGGUGGGAAAUCCAGCAUGUCAAGCUGAGGGAUAUUCGAAGGGCGUGCAACAUCAUGGCGGACAUCUACGAGCAGACACCCAACAAGGAUGGGGAGUCGAGUGUCUAUGUUGGCUUGAGGUCUCCCGAGGACGCGAUCGACUUCGACACGCCGGGUUCGCAGGAGCCGAGUCAACCGCCUGCGAACGGAGACCGAGGCGAGGAAGUCGUCAGCGAAGAGGGAGAGCUGGAUGGAUAG